UUUCGGUGGCCUUUCCCUUGACGAGGUCGGUCAUUCUCCCGUCUCAUUUUCCCUCGUUCACAUUCGCGCACGAGGUUCCGUUCCGCACGGCUGAAACGCCCAAUCGACCAACUGAUCAUCAUUCGUUCGCUCGGCUGCGUCCACGCGGCGUUCCACGGUCUUCGUAUGACACUUGAGAAGCAUCCCGAUAACCUCGCCCGUCGUUGCCGUCGCCGUCGCCGCCGUCGAAACCAGUCUGUCGACAGAGACGCCCGGGGGACCUAUCAUUGGGAGAAGAACGCCUGAACAGAGCUUCAGUUCAAUAUAGACAGUCGUCGUUCGAUGACAUCUGGAGAGACAACAGUCUGAACGGUGAUACACGUUUUAUUGUGGAAGCAGAGACAAUCAAGUGGGAGGGAUUUUAAUUAGCGCAACGAGAAUGUCUGGGACUAAUGACAGUUUUAAUAGUAACACCUGUGUGGUGUGCUACAAAAAUGUCGAGAUCUACAGCAUCGGUAUGUGCGAGCAUCCUGUCUGUUAUGAAUGCAGCACCAGGAUGAGAGUGCUCUGCCGGCAGAACGAGUGUCCCAUCUGUCGCCAAGAUCUGCCAAAAGUUGUGUUCACGCGAGAGAUCAAGCCCUUUCGUUAUUUGUGCAGAGGAAACCUGUUGGAUAACCAGUACGCUAUUUACUUUGGUAGCUCUGAUAUCCAAGACAAAUUCAAUGAUUUAUUAGCCAACACAUGCUCGAUAUGCAAGGAGAAGCAGGUGUUUGGUAGCUUUCAUAGCUUAAAGGAUCACAUGCGACAACGACAUGAGCUGCAUUACUGUGACUUGUGUGUAGAAAAUUUGAAGAUAUUUUCCCAAGAGAGGCGUUGUUACACGAGAGCGAGUCUAGCUCAGCAUCGGCGGAAAGGCGAUCUCGACGACAAGAGCCACAAGGGCCAUCCGCUCUGCGAGUUCUGCGAUCAGCGUUACAUGGAUAAUGACGAGCUCUAUCGGCACUUACGACGUGACCAUUUAUAUUGUCACUUCUGCGAUGCGGAUGGUUUGCAUCAGUACUAUAGUUCGUACGACUACCUCAGAGACCACUUCCGGCAAGAGCACUACCUGUGCGAGGAGGGGGUGUGCGCGGAGGAGAAGUUCACGAGUGUUUUUCGGACGGACAUAGACCUGAAGGCGCACAAGGCCAGCGUUCAUGGCAAGCAACUGAGCAAGGCUGCCGCCAAGCAGGCGAGAACGCUAGAGUUGGAGUUCACCUUGGCGCCGCGCGGCGAAAACCGCAUGAACAGGCGCGGUAUGCUGAGCGCGUCGACAUCGAGGAACACGAGAGAACACUAUAACAAUGGCAGGGAUUACCACCACCACCAGCAGCAGCAGCAACAACAGCAACAAGGCGCGGCCGCCAGCGGAGCGAGCACAUCAUUCGAGUCGUUCUUCGUGAGACAACCGUCCGUCGAUGUGCAAAGCACCGACGAGUUUCCCACGCUCGGCAACGCUGCCCCUGUCGUCCCCACGUUGACGCAAACCAAGGGCCGCGGGAACGUGACCAUCCGCAGCACCGUGAGGAAUCAGCCACUCGCGGUGACGGAUGAGAACUUCCCGGCGCUGGGCCCGGACUCCGCCGGGCCCAGUAUCUCGAAAACAGUCAAUUUCAGCGUCUCCAGCGGCAGCAACGCCGCCGGCAGCAGCAUGCCGCAAUGCCAGAAGGCUUCGACAUCGUCGAACGUCUCCAUUCAGGUGAACCAUGAAGCCAACGGCACCGUCACCACCAGAGUAUCCGGGCCGAACAUCAGGAUACGUCCCGCUCAACUGUCCAUAGACUCUGACUUUCCCGCCUUGGGCAAUUCCGAGCCGUCUACCAGUACUGCCAACUCAACCCAAUGGAAAGAGGUGUUGCAGUGGACCUGUUCCAAGUCCGCGCCGACGAAUGCGGCCAAAUCCAAGAAGGUCGCGCCACCACCGUUGGCGUCGUCGCCGCCGCCCAUUCGCUCCGGCGAGGACUUUCCAAGCCUGUCCAAGUCGUCCAAGUCGAAGAAACAGUCGGUGAUCACGGUGGUGCCAACGUGGGGACAGAACUCGUCGUCGCACGCUUCCGCUAGUAACAACAAUAACAACAACAAUAAUACCAACAACAAUAACAACGCGAAAACAACGACCGAUCUGACGAAGGGUAAGACGAAGAAGAAGAAAGUGAAGCAACAGACUUCGAACGGCAAUAGUUCGAGCGGGAACGAAUCCAAUAGCUCCAGAUCAAACGCGAACACCUCCGUCGUGAAGAAGGACGUGGAACACUCAUCGGCACGGGCCGGCGAGUCUCGCGUGUCCAAGGAGAAUUCGCAGGCGGCUCAUGGCACGAGCAAUGAGAACGCGCCCAAGAGCUCAAGGGAGACCUCGCAGACGGAGCACGCGAGCAAGAAAGACAAGAAGAAGAACAAGAGCAACGCAGACAACGGCAGUUCUGGCGUGUCGCUCGUCCACACGGAAGCCAGCAGCGAUGGCAACGCGUCGGCAAACGGAAUGCAGAAGAAGCGCAGCGAGCUCAAGAUAGAUAGCCUCAAUACGACCAACAACAACAUCCACAAGAUGGAGGACUUCCCCGCUCUGGGCAGCAGCAGCAGCAGACAGCUCGCGAACUUCGCGAACCCACCUCCUGGAUUCGGCUCGCCAGUGCCACCGCCGCCGCCAGGUUUCUCCGUCAAGUACAACAGCCUUGACCGACUGCAUGGCAGCAACGGCCUGACGUUCACCAGCAGUUCCGGCGAGAGCUACUCCAUCCUGCCGCCGGACGACACCGGACACGUCUACGUGCCACCGCCCGACUUUCAAAAGCGCAAUACUUGCCUGGUGGCGCGGCUGAACGAGGUGCUGUUGCACCAAGACAAGAUCGACAAGUUUCGCUACGUGAGCGGUCUCUUUCGCGGCGGCACCUGCGACGCUGAAGAAUACUACACGCACUGUCGCGAGGUGAUGGGCAGCGAUGCGUUUGAGAACGUGUUCCCCGAGCUCUUGGUGCUACUGCCGGACAUUGCCAAGCAGCAGGAACUAUUCAAGGUACACAAGAGGGAGCUGGGUGGUAAGGCAAAGGGACUGGACGUGUGCGCGACCUGCAGCCAGGUCGUGAAGAACGGUGGAGAUCUUCGAACGCACAUGUCCAGCCACACGUUGGAGAACCAUUUCCCGGCGCUCGGUAAGAACAGCACGCCGCCGCUGAAGAACACGUGGGUGCGUAAAUGAGUCGACCGCGCGCUCCUUCUCUUCCUCCCUCCCUCUCUUUCAUUCAAUCACCCUCACUCCCUUCUCUUCGUCGCGUCGACCGUCUCUCCUGACUCUGGUGGAACGCGCGCGGCAUGCAUUGAAACAAUUGUAAAUAUGUCGCUCCUGUUGUUUGUACUGUCGCGUUCAAGUAAUUCUCAUCGAGCCGUGUUUGUCUAAUACGUAAGGCGAACGGUAUACUUAUUCCGAGAGAGUCGAGAGAAUCCCAUUAGCGUCGCAAGGAGAAUCCGCGCAUAGAACUAACGACGAUUAUUCGCAGUAGAGUUUAACGCUGAGAUGAAUCGGAGGACGUCCGGUGGAUCUAUCGGAAUGGUGAAAAGAAAAGAUAUAAAUAUAAAUAUAAAUAUGUAUACACACCAGAGCUUUUACAGACGGUUGUAUUGAUGAUGUAAUAACGCUCUUCAACGCGAUCGCCACGUUCGCACAGAUGAGAUAAGAUAUUUUUUUGUAUAACGAACUUUAUGAAAGGACGAAGAGGUGCUGAAGUAUAAAUACAAAGUCUGUUACAC